AUGCCAUCACAAAGAAAAACAACGGCCCCUAGUCCCCAGCAGGCCUUAAGUGGUCAAGGGGUGCCAAGAAACCCUGGAAAGUAUGCAAUAGCGGAGGGAUGUUGCAGAAAAAUUCAGAAUGGCCCCUCUAUGGUACUUAGACUUGGAACGCUCAAUGUUGGAUCACUGACUGGCCGCAGCAUGGAAAUUGCAGAAAUGCUCGAGCGUAGAAGGAUUGACAUCUGCUGCUUUCAGGAAAUCCGAUGGAAAUCGAAUGAUGUCUGUCAUGUCAACUCAGACAAAGAAAAAUAUAAACUAUUCUGGAAUGGUCAAAAGACGGCCAAAAAUGGUGUUGGAAUUUUUGUCAGAGAACAGCUAGCCCAAGAAGUACUGGAUAUUAAAAGGAUUAAUUCACACAAUCUCAAUGGCCACGUUGAAGAGAAAACAGAUGGUUUUGACAACGUACAUGGCGGUUUUGGCUAUGGAAAACGGAAUGAAGAUGGCAACCGCAUCCUUGAGUUUGCUGAAAGUCACGGGUUUUGUUUACUGAACACAUAUUUUAGAAAGAGUAAAUCAGACCUUCCUGUUUGUGAAUACUGUAAUGAUAAUCCAACCAUGCAACAUUUAUUUAAACACGAUGAAGCCAAAAGCAAGCGAGAAAAAUUAGCAAUGAAAGAGAACAUCAACCUCAACUUCCAAACUCAUGAAGCAUAA